AUGGGUCGGUCAAAUGUCACGUUUGGCGGGAAGACGGUUGUGUUUGGUGGUGACUUUAGACAGGUCCUUCCUGUUGUUCGAAAGGGGUCAAGAUCUCAGAUAGUUGAUUCGACGCUACGCAGGUCCUACCUGUGGGAGCGCAUGCAACACCUAAGGCUCAUGCGUAACAUGAGGUCUCAGAGCGACCCAUGGUUUGCGGAAUACCUACUGCGCAUCAGUAAUGGCACUGAGGAGGGUGAUGGUGAUGGCAAUAUACGACUUCCUGAUGAUAUAUGUGUGCCGUAUACAGUAAAGGACGCAGACCUUGAUAAACUUAUAGAUAGCGUGUUUUUGAUGCUCGACGCUAACCUAGCUGACCCGAACUACAUCACGUCGAGAACCAUCCUGUCCACACGAAACGAGUGCGUGGAUACGAUUAACAUGAAGAUGAUUAGUCGUUUCCGGGGGGACGAGAUGGUGUACCAUAGCUUUGAUUGUGCUGAAGAUGACCCCCACAACUACUACCCCUCGGAAUUCCUUAACUCCCUGACCCCAAACGGGCUGCCUCCGCAUGUGCUGAAGCUCAAGGUUAACUGUUCUGUCAUACUGCUCAGAAAUAUUGACCCCACCAAUGGACUUUGCAACGAGACAAGGCUUGUGGUCCGGGGAUUCCAAAGAAAUGCUAUUGACGCAGAGAUCGUGCUCGGGCAGCAUGCUGGGAAGAGGAUUUUCCUGCCUCGUAUCCCCCUAUGUCCCUCUGAUGAUGAGAUGUUUCCUUUCCGGUUCAAGCGGAAGCAAUUUCCUAUCAAGCUUCGCCAUGACAAUUAA